AUGGGGGGGUUCCCGUGCGAGACCGAGGGCUGCGUGGCGCACCUUGUGCGGCGCGAGAAUGGCGAGGGCAAAGGCAGCGACAACGAUCAGGCCGUGCAGCUGGUGCACGUGACCAAGGCUGAGACGGUGCUGGGGCGGCUCAAGUCGGCAGACGUGGUGGUGCGGACGGCGGAGCGGAACCUGAUGUCGCGGCGGCACGCGCGGCUUGUGGCCGAGCGCGGAGCGAGCGGGGAGGAUCCGCUUGUGGUGUGGCGGAUCGAGGACACCAACUCGAUGAAUGGCAUUGCAGUGAACGGGGUGCGAACUCCAGGCGAGCGGCUGUCGUCGGGCGAUUGGAUUGCCUUUGGCCGCUACCUCGAUGUCGAGGCCGGUGUCAAACUCAAGGAGGCCUGCCAUCUCAUCACCUUUACUUUCUACCAUCGCCCGCUCGAGCUUCCGGGUGACGGCUGGCUGCUAGAGCGACUCGGCCUCUCGACCUCUCCGCCGCCGCUGCUCUUGGACGAGGGUGCGGUGGCGUCCCAGGACUCGGGCGUGCUGUUUGUUCCAGAGGACGGCGGUGCGGUGGUGCCAGCUGCAGUGCUGCCGGUGCGGGAGGAGUCUGCGUCACCGGUGCUGCUCGGCGACGACCGGCCGAGCUUGGACGGGCUGGUGAUGUCUGGGUGGAAACUAUCGGCGACGCCGGGCGACACGCACUCUGCCACGCCUGCCACGGCACUGACGGCCAGUAUGGCGUCGUCUGGCGGCCGGGCGGCGUCACCGUCGCUGCGGCGGCUUGUGGAUCGAGAAGAGGCAGCGCUGGAGGUCUCAAGCGCAAGUGAGAAGACCGAGAUGCGAAGCAAGGCGCGAACCAACAUGCGGAAGCAGGCACUCGCGUUUCUCAAAGGUCUGUGA